AUGGGUGAGUUAAUAGAGAGCCGUUUAGAGGAAUGGGCAGGUGAGCUGCUGCGUCAGCAGAAGCUGCAGCUGCUGCAGCAGCAGGAAGUGCAUGCAGUAGUACAGCGGCGUCGUGAAUAUGAAUAUAAUAUAUCAGCAAGACGCGAUUUACCUGCUGCUCUUUUCUUACGUUAUAUUUCUUAUGAAUUAUCUCUUUAUUGUCUUAUAAGAAAAAGAAGUAAAUUAAGAUUGCUGCUGCUGCAGCAGCAGCUGCAGCAGCAACGAAAACAGCAGCGCGAAAAAGCUGCAGCAGCAGCACGUUCACGUAAUAAAAUUAAAGGCAAAAAAAACAACAGCAGCAUCAGCAGCAGCAGCAGCAGCAGCAGCAAGACACAGAAGAAAUAUGAUUCCUUAAGGAGCAGCAGGGUGCUGUUCCUUGCUGCAGCAACAAAAAGAAUUAUGCUUAUAUUUAGGAGAUUGCUGCAGCGUCAUGCUGCUGAUGUAUCCCUAUGGUUUUGUUAUAUAGAUGUGCUGCUGCAGCUAGGAGCAACAAAGGCUGUGCUGCAGCAGCUAAUGCAUGCAUUAGCUGUACAUCCUCAUUGCAGCAGCUUAUGGUUAUUAGCAGCAGAUCGAUUGCUGCAGCAAGGAGAAGCAGCAGCAGCAAGACGUCUGCUGCUGCUCGCCCUCCGCUUCUGCUCACAGGAGGCAGCAGUAUGGACACAGCUGCUGCGUCUUGAGGCAUCUGUUGUUUAUAGGCUUUGUGCUGCUAGGCUAGCUAAGGCAAAACCUGCUGCUGCUGCUGCUGCUGCUGUUGCUGGUGGUGCUGGUGCUGCUCUUGCUGCUCCGGAAGAAGGCCGCCCUGAUGGCGCCGAGGAUGCAGCAGCAGCAGACAGCGAAGAAGAAGAUCCAGACACCCUUAAGCUGCCGAAGAUCAACAACAGCAGCAGCAGCAGCAGCAACAGCAGCAGCAGCAGCAGCAGCAGCAGCAAUGUAAACAUGGCAGCGCAGAUGGCAGUUGAGACAAAGACGCUUCCUGUGUCGCUGCAGCCGUGUAAACUUGUUGUUGCUGCAGCAGCAGAACGCCUAUCUGGUGCUGCAGCAGCAGAUACCACAGCAGCAGCAACCAGCAGCAGGAGCAGCAGCAGCAGCAGCGUUAUGAAGAGUAGUGACACAACAGAAAGGGAUUCUUUCUUGCUGCAGGCAUUCGAGCUGUCGCUGCAGCUAGAAGCAAGUGCAGCGCAGCAGCUGCUGCAGCAGGAAACAGCAGACCUACAGCAGCAGCUGUCUGUACAGCUGACACAGGCAGCGCCUCAGCAGCCGCUCUUUGAGGCCCUGCGGUGGAAGUUGCUGCUGCUAGAGGCAGUGCAGCAACAGCAGCAGCAGCAGCAGCAGCUUGAAGAACAGGAGGAGGAGCAGCAGCAGCAGAAUAGUGUAAUGGAUUGCCUAGAGGCAAUCUUCGCAGCAGCUGCCGAUACACCUCAAACUGCUGUGCUGCUGGGCCCCUUCCUCGGUACCUUACAGGCAACUGACAGCAGCAGCAACAGCAGCAGCGACAGCAGCAGCAGUAGCAGCAGCAGCAGCAGCAAUUGGUUUGAUUCCCUCGAGGUGGUAAUUGAUGUAGAAGGCGAGGAUACGCCCAUAACCCUCCAUGACGGCACGGAGCUGAUGCAGCAGCAGCAGCAAAAGGAGCAGCAAGAGCAGCAGCAAGAGGAGCAGCAGCAGCAGCAGGAUGAAGAGGAGGGGGAAGAAGGGUGGGCUAGACUAGCUGUACAGACACUGCAGAAGAACGGAUUCCCUCAAGCAGCAAAGCUGCUGCAGCUGCAUCCAGCAGUCUUGGCAGUUUGCUGCCUACAGCCUAGCAGCAGCAGCAGCAGCAGCAGCAGCGACACCAGCAGCAGCGACACCAGCAGCCUGCAGCUGCUUGCUGAUCCGGCCAGUCUCCAGCAGCAGGCUGAAAUUAUCUGGCAGGCCAUUUGGCACCCCACUGAGCAGCAGCAGCAGCAGCAGCAGCAACUGCAGCAGCAGCAGAGGAUCCGACUUCUAGGCCUGCUGCAGCAGGUGCUGCACACUGUCCUAGACAAACUAAACAAAGCAGAGCAGCAGCUGCAGAGCAAACGCAGCAGCAGCAACAACAGCAGCAACAGCAGCAACAGCAGCAGUACCCCAGAGGCAGCAGCGGAGCUGCGGAAGGAAGCAGCAGCAACUCUUGAUGCUGCAGCAGACGCAUGCUUGCUGCAGCAGAGUGUUGACUCCUUAGCAACAAUGCUACAGAUCCUUGCUGUUUCUGCUGCUGCUGCAGCAGAUGCUGCGGAGAAGCAGCACCUGCUGCAGCAAGCAGCAGAAACGCUGCAGCGCGCGGUGUCUGUACACCCCAGCGCUAGCACAGCCCUUGGCCUGCAUUUGGUUAAGUCCGAAAUUGCUGGCAGCAGCAGCAGCAGCAGCAACAGCAGCAGCAGCAGCAAGAGUCUGCUAUCGCUGCUCAACCGCAUGCAGACCUCCAGCAUUUCUGCUGCGGAAGGAAAGCGUCUCGCUGCUGCCCUCAUUGAAGGCACAUCAGCAGCACCGGCAGGUGCAGCAGCAGCAGCAGCAGCAGCAGCAGCUAGCUGGCUUCCGCAGCUGGUGAAGGCGCUGCAGCCAAUUGCAGUGCGGCCUGUUGUCACUGCGUUGCUGCAGCAACUCUGUGACCUGCAGCAGCAGCAGCAGCAGCAGUUGGAGCUGGAAGCAAAAGCCCACAAGCCGGCAGCAAAACGCAUGCGGACAAUAGAAAAGAAUGGCAGCAACAAAAGCAGCAGCAGCAACAGCAGCAGCAGCAGCAGCAGUGAAGUCUGUGCAGCUGUUGCAUUGGCGCUGCUGCAUAAGCACAGCAGCAGCAGCAGCAGCAGCAGCAGCAGCAGCAACUUAAAGCUGCCAGUAUCAGCACGUUUGCAGCUGCCUCUCGUUAUAGCGGACUUUGCUUUGCUGCAUAUGGAGUUGCUGCUGCAGGAGAAGCUGCAGCAGCUGCAGCAGCCGCAGCGGCAGCUUUCAAGACAAGAGCAGCAGCUGCUGCAGCAACAGGCGCGCCUCUUGCUGCAGCAGAUCGGGGAUGUAUACGAACGGGCAGUAGCAGCUAUAAGCAACAAUGGCCUCCGUCUUGAUGCUGCAGCAGAGCAGCAGGAAGGGCUCUCUGUGCAUCGAUAUGUGCAGCAGCAGCAGCAGCAGCGGCAGCAGCUGCAGCAGCUGCUGCUAGAGCAGCUGCCAGAGGCACAAUCGCUGCAGCAGCAAUGGAUAGAAGAAGCUGUUCGCUUCCUUAGAUACCGAGACUCCUUGGAUCUUAUCCUGCCUCCAAGCAGCAGCAGCAGCAGCAGCAGCAGCAGCAGGUGUAUAUACACCGCAGAUGCUGCUUCUCUGUAUCAUAAGGCCUCGCGCCUUGUUGCUGAUGCAGCAGGAUUUGCGCAGCGGCUGUCUUAUGGCUGUGCUGCAGCAGCAAAAGGGACAAGCAGCAGCAGCAGCAACUGCAGCAGCUGCCCAGUAGGGGCAAGGUGGUGCAGAUACAGCAACAGCAACAGCAGCAGCAGCAACUAA